AUGGACGAGCUCUUCGACGUCUUUGAGGAUCAGCCUCAGGCCGUUACGCCUUCGGGCGGUGCGCCUAGGCGCUCCAAGAAGGAUAAGAAAGACAAGAGCAAGAAGCGUGCCGCCAACGGUGAUGCGAAGAAUGACGCUAUUGUACCAGGUGACAUGGAGGACGUGACACCUUCAGUCGCACCCGUUGUUGAGAAAACCACUAUAGAGUCCGAGGCACCCGCUGCCGAAAACGGGCAACCCGAGACUAAACGCCUUCGACUCGACGAAGCUCCCCAACCCGUUGUCGCCGAUUCCUUCGAAACCGAACAAGAGCAGGAGAUUGCCGGAGCUGCUGGCCUGCAAGGCGGCCAAGAUGCGACCUCUAUCAAGGUGUCUCACCAAGUGCGCCACCAAGUUGCGAUCCCGCCGGACUACCCUUACGUGCCUCUUUCCGAACACAAGCAACCGGAGGAACUGGCGAAGACAUACUCCUUCAAACUCGAUCCUUUCCAGCAGCUUGCGGUCAAUGCGAUUCAAAGAGAGGAAAGUGUCCUGGUUUCAGCGCAUACUAGUGCCGGAAAGACUGUGGUUGCCGAAUACGCUAUUGCGCAAAGUCUGAAGAGGAACCAGCGAGUCAUCUACACAAGUCCUAUCAAGGCUCUGAGCAACCAAAAGUAUCGUGAAUUUGCGGCUGAAUUUGGCGACGUUGGCCUCAUGACUGGUGAUGUGACCAUCAACCCCACAGCUACCUGUCUCGUCAUGACUACGGAAAUUCUUCGGUCGAUGCUGUAUCGCGGUUCAGAGAUCAUGCGUGAAGUCGGAUGGGUCGUUUUCGACGAGAUUCAUUACAUGCGCGACAUCAACCGUGGUGUCGUUUGGGAGGAGACAAUCAUCCUUCUGCCCGACAAGGUUCAUUACGUUUUCCUGUCGGCCACUAUCCCCAACGCCAUGCAAUUUGCCGAAUGGGUCGUGAAGAUGCACAAUCAACCCUGUCACGUUGUCUACACUAACUACCGUCCGACUCCUCUGCAACACUACUUCCAUCCUGCUGGUGCGGAAGGAAUCCAUUUGGUUGUGGAUGAGAACGGUGUGUUCCGAGAGGAGAACUUCCAGAAAGCUAUGGGCUCCAUCGCAGACAAGAAGGGAGACGAUCCGGCGAACGCCUUGGCCAAGCGCAGAGGCAAGGGCAAGGAUAAGUCACUCAACAAGGGUGGCGAGAAAGGUCCGUCUGAUAUCUUCAAGAUCGUGAAAAUGAUCAUCAUGAAGCGGCUCAACCCGGUCAUCGUCUUCAGUUUCAGCAAGAGAGAGUGCGAAAGUGGUGCUCUUCAGUUGAAGAACUUGGCAUUCAACGAUGAUUCUGAGAAGGAGAUGGUUCAAAAGGUCUUCGACAGUGCCAUGGAGAUGUUGUCUCCCGAAGACCGGAAUCUGCCCCAGAUUAUCAAUCUCCUGCCCCUCCUCCGACGAGGUGUGGGUGUUCAUCACUCUGGUCUUCUUCCUAUUCUCAAGGAGACUAUCGAGAUUCUCUUCCAAGAAGGUCUCAUCAAGGUCCUCUUUGCUACUGAGACAUUCUCCAUCGGCCUGAACAUGCCUGCCAAGACUGUUGUAUUCACCAGUGUUCGCAAAUUCGAUGGCACCAGCCAGCGCUGGGUUACUCCAUCCGAGUUCAUUCAGAUGUCUGGACGAGCUGGUCGAAGAGGUCUUGAUGAUCGUGGUAUUGUCAUCAUGAUGGUUGGUGAAGAAAUGGAUCCUGCAGUUGCCAAGGAGAUUGUUCGUGGUGAGCAAGACCGGUUGAACUCCGCCUUCCACCUUGGAUACAAUAUGAUUCUCAACCUUAUGAGAGUGGAGGGUAUUUCCCCAGAGUUUAUGCUUGAGAGGUGUUUCAAACAGUUCCAGAACACAGGCAACAUCAAUACUUUGGAAAACUCACUUCGUGAAUUGGAGGGGAAGAAGGCAAACAUGGUCAUCCCCGACGAAGGAACCAUCCGGGAAUAUUACGAUUUGCGCACGCAGUUGGAUACCUUCUCUGAUGAUGUCCGUGCCGUGAUGACCCAUCCGAACCAUUGCCGACCCUUCCUGGUUGCCGGCCGUCUGCUCCAGAUCAUGCACCAAGGCCAAGAUUUCGGAUGGGGUGCCGUAGUCAAGCUCUCACAGCGCAAGCCUGCAAGGGACUCCAAGGAAGAAAUUGAGCCACAUAAGGCUUGGGUUGUUGACGUCCUUUUGAAGCUUGCCAAUGGACCAACUGUUGGCACCAAGUCCUUCCAAGACUUUCCAUCGGGUAUUCAACCGGCUAAACAGGGAGAACCGUCCCGGUUCGCAAUCGUGCCGGUUGUUUUGAGUUGCAUCCAUGCCUUCGGACAUGUUUGCAUCUUCCUUCCGAAGGACAUCAAAUCUGAUAAUGCCCGAAUCGGAGUGGGGAAGUCUUUGGAUGAAGUCAAACGGCGAUUCCCAGAUGGUGUACCGCUCCUCGACCCCGUCAACGACAUGAAGAUCACGGAUGAUUCCUUCAAGAAAUUGCUACGGAAAAUCGAGGUCCUAGAGGCUCGCCUGCUGGGCAACCCAUUGCACCACUCGCCGCGACUACCAGAGCUAUACGAUCAAUACGUCGCAAAGAUUAACUUGGGCAACGAGAUCAAGUCGGCCAAGAAGCAGAUUAGCGAUGCCAUGUCGAUUUUGCAACUUGACGAACUGAAGUGCCGCAAGCGUGUGCUUCGCCGCUUUGGUUUCAUCAACGAGGCGGAAGUGGUGCAGCUCAAGGCUCGCGUCGCCUGUGAGAUUAGUACCGGUGAUGAACUGAUGCUGUCUGAGUUGCUUUUCAACGGUUUCUUCAACAAUCUCACUCCCGAACAGGUGGCUGCUGCCGUCAGUGUCUUCGUGUUUGAGGAGAAGGUCAAGGAGGCCGCGCCUUUGAGCAAGGAUGAGCUUGCGAAGCCCCUCAAGGAGAUCCAGGCACAAGCACGGAUCAUCGCCAAGGUCUCGCAGGAGUCCAAAAUGGCAGUUAAUGAGGAUGAGUACGUUCAGAGCUUCCACUGGGAGCUGAUGGAGGUGGUCUAUGAGUGGGCACAUGGAAAGUCCUUUGCCGAUAUCUGCGGUAUGACGGAUGUCUAUGAGGGCAGCUUGAUCCGUGUCUUCCGCCGGCUGGAGGAGUGUCUGCGUCAGAUGGCGCAGGCUGCCAAGGUGAUGGGUAGCGAGGACCUGGAGAGUAAGUUCGAGGAGGCGUUGACCAAGGUCCGCCGUGACAUUGUGGCUGCUCAGUCGCUUUAUCUGUAA